AUGGCCAUAACAUUAGUUGUUGAGCCCCGGGGUAAACCCAUCAGAAAGCUUCCCAAGGAGCUCCAAGUAGCGCCCAAUUCCUCGACCGAGGAAAUUUACCAAGCGUUGGCCAAAGCCUCGAAGUUUUCCAUCCACCGCCUCCGCAUCACCAAGGGAAGCGACCGGACGCUCGUUCCCAACUCCAAGGACCUGACCGUCGAUGGCACCGGCCUGAAGGAAAAGAGCGUGAUCCACGUCAAGGACCUAGGCCCUCAACUAGGAUGGCGCACCGUAUACCUGAUCGAAUACCUGGGCCCGCUCAUCAUCCCCUACCUCUUCCUCUACCCGCUCCGGCCAUACAUCUACUACAAUUUCAACCAGCCGCUCGCGGAGCCCUCGAACUUCCAACGCCUGGUCUGCGCCCUCUUGACCGUCCACUUCAUCAAGCGCGAGUAUGAGACCAUCUUCAUCCACCGCUUCAGCAACGCCACGAUGCCCGCGCGCAACAUCCUCAAGAACAGCGGCCACUAUUGGCUCCUGGCCGGCGCCAACAUCGCCUACUGGGUCUUCCGCCCGGACAGCCCCGCCGUCGCCCGCGACGGGGACGCCUUCCUGUGGUACACGGGCCUGGCCCUCUUCGUCUUCGGCGAGUUGGCCAACCUGAACGCCCACUGCAUCCUGCGCGACCUGCGCCGCCCCGGCACCACCGAGCGCGGCAUCCCCACCGGCUUCGGCUUCAGCGUCGUCACCUGCCCCAACUACUUCUUUGAGAUUGUCGCCUGGGUCGGCAUCUACCUGCUCAGCGGCCUCAGCUGGAGCGUCCUCCUGUUCAUCGUCGUCGGCUCCGCCCAGAUGGCCAUCUGGGCCAAGAAGAAGGAGCGUCGCUACCGCAAUGAGUUUGGCGACAAAUACAAGCGCAAGCGCUUUGCUCUCUUCCCUGGCCUCGUUUAA